AUGCAGAAACAAGGAAGCAGCCAUGACGCGCGUGUGAUAAAACGUGAUAACGUAGAUAUAGAUCUCAGUCGCAAACUAGCCUUCCAAACUGUGCCUCUUAUCAAUUCGUUUCUAUCCCUUAACAGGCCAUCUCGGGCUUUCCCCAUGUCAGGAUAUGAUCACCGCUUUGCUCAAGGAAUUCCAGAUUAUUCUACAGAGAUCCCUGUCCCAGGGUUAAAUGCACGAGGAUCAUUGACGGGAAACUUCAAUGAUGCGGAACCACAUCGCAGUUUCGGUUUCGGUGCUCCCGAUGCCGCGUUUAGAAAUAUCCAGGCCUUUGAAACAGCUACCUUAUUUCCUCCAAAUAUCCCUGCUGAAUCCUUAAUAUGGGAACAAAACAAACUGGCAGAGGACACCCCUUGCGCGGCUCCUACUACAGCUUCACCUCCAGUUGUGAGUCCUGCGGGUACCGGCGGCGAACAUGGUGUUGAGUCCAUACAGGCGGAAAAUCGCAUGAGUAUCAUCCUAGCGGGAUUAAGAGACCUGAUACAGAUUUUAGAUUUGUCCGGGAUACUGCUAUCUGUGUCCCCUUGCUGCAAGGCACUGACAGGGUACGAAUCGGAGGAUUUAAUAGGCAAUGUCUUGUUUGAGUUUAUCCAUCCAGAUGACCGCUCAAUGGUCGUCAAAGAGUUCGCUAGUUCAAUAAACACAAAAACUCCAUUCCAGUGCUACUAUCGUUUUAAGAAGCAUGACGGGACUUAUCUACUAUUGGAUGCCCAUGGGGACAUCGACUCUGCGACAAGCACGGAGUUCUCAAUAAUCGCCCGCCCCUACCUGACUAAACAAAGACAGCUUCUCGACUCCUUUCUAGAACAUAAACUUGAGAACGAACGACUGACCAGACGCAUCGCAGAACUGAAGCGGGAAGGGGAAUUUCAGCUUCACAGCCAUGAGAUUAAACCAGACAGCGAGCAAGUCCGCUCCAUGCCACCACAAGCCCAUCGCGAUUUAACCAGAAGCCCAGCCUUCCACCCUCCUCCUACCGGUGAAUUUCAAUUCGGACUUGCUACUGUACCACCGCCCAAUCCUCCAAUGCUGCCCAAUGUGACGGCAUCCUUACCCCGUCAUAACAUUUCCAAUCCCAUUGACUUCGAAGGUAGCACAUAUCUAGACGAUAUCGAGCUCAUGACUGGCCUGCGCUAUGGGGCUGGCGAACGCGCGCGGGGGAUAAGCACCGGUGACCCUGAGGGCACUAUUUUCCAGAGUGACGGGCUUCCGGCGACUGCUUUCACGGGGAGCCGCAGGGAUGGUAUUAAGGGCGCUAAAGGCAACACUGAAAGGAAACGCAGGAUCGGGCCUGCGGAAACGAAUUCCUGCACCGAUUGCGGGACCUUCUCGUCGCCUGAGUGGCGGAAGGGCCCGAGCGGGAAGAAGACGCUCUGUAAUGCUUGUGGACUGCGCUGGGCAAAGCUGGUGAAAAAGUGCCAGCAAGAUACGGGCAUUACAUCAGAAGGAGAUCGGAAACUGUAA